UUACUGCAAUAUCCCUCCGAAACAGUAGGUAGUACAUGGCGUCGGAAAUCUAAACAUUUGAAAAACCUUGAAGCUUCGGUAGGAAUAUGUCAAGCGAUUCUGCGGACUACAAUAGCUCUAGAGACAGAGACCAUGGGGGGCCUGAUGGAAUGGAGCCAGAUGGUGUCAUUGAGAGCAACUGGAAUGAGAUCACAGACAACUUUGAUGAUAUGGCCCUGAAGGAGCUGCUCCUGCGGGGGAUCUACGCCUACGGGUUUGAGAAGCCGUCUGCCAUCCAGCAGAGAGCCAUCAUCCCCUGCAUUAAAGGCUUUGACGUCAUUGCGCAGGCCCAGUCGGGGACGGGGAAGACGGCCACGUUCGCCAUCUCCAUCCUGCAGAAGCUGGACUUGGGGCAGAAGGAGACCCAGGCUCUGGUGCUGGCCCCCACCAGAGAGCUGGCUCAGCAGAUCCAGAAGGUGAUCCUGGCCCUGGGGGACUACAUGGGCGCGGCCUGCCACGCCUGCAUCGGAGGCACCAACGUCCACAACGAGAUGAAGAAGCUGGAGGCCGAGGCCCCGCACAUCGUGGUGGGCACGCCCGGACGCGUCUUCGACAUGAUGAACCGCAGAUAUCUGUCUCCUAAGGCCAUCAAGAUGUUCGUCUUGGACGAAGCCGAUGAAAUGCUGAGUCGAGGAUUCAAGGAUCAGAUCUACGAGAUAUUUCAAAAAUUAAGCACGAACAUCCAAGUGGUGCUGCUGUCGGCCACCAUGCCUGUCGAGGUGCUGGAGGUCACCAAGAAGUUCAUGCGGGACCCCAUCCAGAUCCUGGUGAAGAAGGAGGAGCUGACCCUGGAGGGCAUCCGCCAGUUCUACAUCAACGUGGAGAGAGAGGAGUGGAAGCUGGACACGCUGUGCGACCUGUACGAGACCCUGACCAUCACCCAGGCUGUCAUCUUCCUCAACACCAGGAGGAAGGUGGACUGGCUCACCGAGAAGAUGCACGCCCGCGACUUCACCGUGUCCGCCCUGCAUGGAGACAUGGACCAGAAGGAGAGAGACGUCAUCAUGAGAGAGUUCCGUUCAGGAUCCAGCCGAGUUCUGAUCACCACCGACCUUCUGGCCCGUGGCAUUGACGUGCAGCAGGUGUCUCUGGUUAUCAACUACGAUCUGCCCACCAACCGGGAGAAUUACAUCCACAGGAUUGGGCGCGGCGGCCGAUUCGGCAGAAAAGGCGUGGCCAUCAACUUUGUUAAUGAGGACGACAAGAGGAUCCUUCGCGACAUUGAAACUUUUUACAACACGACCGUUGACGAGAUGCCGAUGAACGUGGCUGACCUGAUCUAGAAUUGACACGCGGCUGGGUUACUCUUAUGAUUUUCUGUUUGCGGCGCUCGCUGUGGCAGAACCAAACGGGUGCAUUGCGGUCCUUUUAUCCGAAAUAUAUCGAAUCUAUCUUUGUGUCUAAUGCUGAAAGAGGAUCAGAAAUCCAGAUAUUCUCAAAGCGAGGCGGCGACUGCGGUCGCAGGCUCUCGUAGGAGCGGUUGUCUUCCCCAACAGGUCGAGCGCAGGGGUGGGUGUUCGAAGACACGAUGGCGUCUUCAAAGUGGUUCUCUUUUAGACUUCCUUUUCCUAGACCAAUAACAGUGCGUGUAGUAGACAUCCUCUAUCGUUUAAUCGUUUACUUGUGGACUAAAAACUAUAAGUGUUGUCUCAAGUCUUCUAACUAUGUGAAGGUGACAUAUGUGAGGUUAUGCAGAGGUUUGAGGUGGAUGAUAUAGUCUCUUAAAUUAAGCUAUAUCUAGGUGACUUGUGCAGUGUAUUUAACGUAUUUAAUCACGCUUUUUUAAAUUCAAAGACCCACUUUUUCUCAUAGAAGGGGGCUGUAGUAUAAACACUUUGAAUUGUUCUUGAAUUGUUCUUGACCCGUUUAAAAAUAAAAAGUUAUAUGUUAAAA